AUGCCUGGUCUCAAAAUUUGUCGUAUAUGCCUUAGCAGUGGUAUAAAAUUGUACAAAUAUGAUCGCUAUGAUCUCAAGAAAUAUUACGAACAAAUUGUGGGCUCAAAAAUAAAUGAAAGAGAUGCCUUUCCAAGACACUUUUGUUACGAAUGUGCAGCAAUACUGCACAAGUUCCACAAGUUUAAGGAGAAAUGCUACAACGGUCACAAAGUAUUACAAGAACUUCUUCAGAAAGGGCCUAUCAGCCUGAAAUCGGUUAGGUAUAUAGAGAAACAGAAUAAGUAUCUCCAAUCAUCACUAAAUAUUAUUACAGUUAACCACAGAGUAAAAACAUUUAUUGUGAAAUCAAAAGAAAAACCAAAUCUAAAUAAAACAGAACCAAUAGAGUUUGAUUUAGAUACUGCAUCUUUAAGUGAUUAUGAUGACUAUAUGAAUUUGGAAAACGAAGCAGAAAAACUGCCCCCAUUACCAGAGUUGGUUGAUGUGAACAAAAAGAUUGAAGAUGAUGAAGAGAAAAUAGAUGCUGAAGAAGAGAAGGUAAAUGUUAACGCUGAUGUUUAUGUUGAAGAGAAAACAGAGGUUGAUGAUGAAAAACAAGAUAUUGUUCAUAAAGAGAUAAACGUUGACGAAGAAAAGACAAAUAUUAAUGAAGAAAAAAUAUCAGAUACUUCAAAUAUAAUAGAAAUUGAAAAAAUAUUUACUGAAGAUGAAAAACUGGAAAGUGAUGAAGAAAAAGUAUUUUUAAAAAUCAGCCUGAAAUCGGUUAGGUAUAUAGAGAAACAGAAUAAGUAUCUCCAAUCAUCAUUAAAUAUUAUUACAGUUAACCACAGAGUAAAAACAUUUAUUGUGAAAUCAAAAGAAAAACCAAAUCUAAAUAAAACAGAACCAAUAGAGUUUGAUUUAGAUACUGCAUCUUUAAGUGAUUAUGAUGACUAUAUGAAUUUGGAAAACGAAGCAGAAAAACUUCCCCCAUUACCAGAGUUGGUUGAUGUGAACAAAAAGAUUGAAGAUGAUGAAGAGAAAAUAGAUGCUGAAGAAGAGAAGGUAAAUGUUAACGCUGAUGUUUAUGUUGAAGAGAAAACAGAGGUUGAUGAUGAAAAACAAGAUAUUGUUCAUAAAGAGAUAAACGUUGACGAAGAAAAGACAAAUAUUAAUGAAGAAAAAAUAUCAGAUACUUCAAAUAUAAUAGAAAUUGAAAAAAUAUUUACUGAAGAUGAAAAACUGGAAAGUGAUGAAGAAAAAGUAUUUGUAAAUGAUAUUAAACUAUCAUCGGAUGAAGAACUUGUAGAAAAGAAACCUUUGCAAGUUACUCCAAAAAAGAAAAAGAGUACAAAGGGUAGUAAAAAGAAAAAGAAAGGAAAUGAUGAGGAUACAGAUAAGAAAGCAAAGAAGUUUGAAAUUACUAGUAAAAAAAAGACUGAAUUGGAUUCCAAUAACUGGUUAAAAUUUAAUUUAAGUGAAGAGGAAGCAAUAGAAGAAUUUAAAGCCAGGGCACAGCAUAAAAGAUUUAUAUCUGCUGAAUUCAAAUGUAAUGAUUGCCUUAAAGGAUUUUCGAAGGAAGAUAUGUUAAAUAGGCAUAUUAAAUUAAGGCAUAGUGAGUCAGUAGGUCCUAUCGAAUGUCGUUUUUGCCACAUGAGGUUUAAAUGGAAAUGCUUCCUAAGAAAACACAUGAGACAACAUUAUACGAAAUUCAAAUGUUUACGAUGUGAACUUGUAUGUCCGUUGGAACAAACAGCAUUGUUCCACGAAGAAUACCAUAAUGGAGUUACAAGAAAAUGUGAACAUUGUGGAGAGGAAUUUAAACAUCUAACGACGUACUACACGCACCUGCGAACGCACCGCAGCGAGCACGUGUGCACGCUGUGCGGCGCGUCCUUCGUCAGCGCCAUCGGCCUGCGGAUACACAAGAAGAUCAAACACGUCAACGCUGAACCGGGUGACACUCAAGGUGACCAAGGCGAUGAGGAGUACUGCAAACGAUGCGACAUUAAGUUUGAGACGAAGAAGGCGUUUGAGGAACAUCUCAUUCACUCGGCCAUGCAUGUCGACGGCAUUGAAGAUUUAGAAGUACAGGUUCCGCUGGGAACGAACCUCAGGAAACGAAGACACAAUGUGAAGAGGCUGUCACGCAUACCCACCGAUUGUCAUGUUUGCGGCAAGCACUUCUCGACGCAGGCGGCGUGCCGCAAGCACCACCUGGCGGAGCACCCGCGCACUUCCUUCUUCGCGCCCAACGAGCGCCACAUCUGCGAGAUCUGCGGCAUGUCGCUGGCGCCCGGCAGCGUCUCCAGUCAUCUAAACACUCACACCCGGGUGAAGUUAUACUCCUGCAGCACUUGUGGCAGACAGUUCAACAGCAAAGGUGGCAUGACCAAACACCAGCUGACACAUACGAGCGAGAAGCCCGUGGCUUGCACACUAUGCGAUAAACGAUUUAAGCAGACCAGCAAUAUGAAAUUACACUACCGAACGUUCCACCUCAAGGAACCAUAUCCAAAGAGAAAUAGAAAGAAGAAAUCAGAAGAAGGUUCUGGAAGUAAACUGGAAGAAUAUCCACCUGAAGAGUCAGACGAGAACAUAACCCUGGACAGAUGGCCUUGA